AUGGAAGAACAACUUCAAUAUAAUUUUCGUGUGAUAAUGUUUCACCAGUUACCUGAAUUAAAACAAAUUAUAGAACCUUUAUCAACUAAUGAAGAAUUUAAAUUAACAUUUGUAACAUAUAUUGGUAUUGCUUUAUGUAUAUUUGGUCUUGUUAUAACAUUAAUUACUUAUUUACUUUUUCGAUGCUCACAGAAAAAUCAUCUUCAUGCAUCUUUAUUUAUGCUUUGUUUAUCAAUAUUAUUUGCUAAUUGUCUUUAUAUACCAUUUAGUCUUACGAAACAAAAUUAUUUUUGUAAUAUAUUUGGUUUUUUCUUUCAUUAUUUUUUAUUAACAUCAUUUAUGUGGAUGUUUAUCAUAACUUUUGUUCAAUAUAUGCAUUUUGUUCAAAUAUUUAAUUCAUAUAUUUCGCAUUUUUUUAUUAAAUCUACUAUUAUUGGAUGGAUUAUACCAAUAAUAUUUCCUAUUUUGGUUUUAUUAAUCGGUAAAAAUGGUGGUUAUAUAGAAGAAUUUCGAUGUUGGAUUAAUAAUAAAAUUUUAAUUUAUGUUACUUUUCUUACACCAAUAUCUAUUAUUAUUUUAUGUAAUUUAAUAUUCUUUAUAUUUAUAUUAAAAAGUCUUUGUCAAAGUGAUCCUACAAAUCAAAAUAAUCAAUCAAAAUUACAAAUAAGUGCAACAAUUUGUUGUUUUCUAUCAAUGAUUUGUACAUGGUUAUUUGGUAUAUUAGUAUUGAUUCGACCAAUUUUUAUAUAUGAAUUAAUAUUUUGUAUAUGUAAUACAUUUCAAGGAUUUUUUAUAUUUCUUUUUCAUGUUUAUUUGUCAAAACCAAAACGAGACUUAUGGCAAACAUUUUUUAUUCCACGUGGUUUUCAUCAACGUUCUCAUUCAUUUACAAAUCCUAUUGAACCUAUAACAAUAAGUAAACCAAGUACAGAAAAUAUCACGAGUUUAACACGUCCGAUUCAACUUCAUUUUGCACCUAAGUCAUCAAUUGAUAAGACGCAAGAAAUUUAUAGUGCAACAAAUCCAACAUUUAUAGAUCAUAACGGAAAUAGUUCAUCAAGUAAAGAUCCAAUACAAACGAAUCGUGUUCAUAUACAACCAAAUCUUCUUUCUGAUCGAAUACGAAAAAACAAAAUCAAUACGAAUAAUAAUGCUUAA